AUGGGCGUCAUGCGGCUUCCUCGCCCGAUGGGCAUCUACAUCCCCAAAUCACCCCGGCUAACCAACAAUAUGAUUUCUCCGCCCCUCUCUCCGGAAUUCAGCUUCGACUCGGAGAGCAUUCUACCAUCGAUCCUCCCAGCUAUGGAGUACAUCUCCAAGAAAUUACAAGAGAAAACGAUUCAAGUCACUCUCCUCGUUGGACGAGGAAAGCCUUAUCCGACAGGCCAACCGUCCGAUCUUAUGAUUAUUCCCAUCGACCCCGUCCAACCACAAUCCUGGCGAAUUCUAGAGCGAGCCAUCGCAAAGGCUUCAAGAAAGUUCUCACUCGGACAGAGCUGGAUCGACGCACUCGGUCGCAGCCAGUACGAGCGCCAAGAAAACGAGUACCUAGUGAAGCAGUCAAUCCUCCAAAACGAAGUCGUCUUCAGCCAGGAGGGCUUGACCCUUCUCAACAUGGACCGCAUCUAUACAUUCAAGCGCCGCAUGUGUGUUCUCUCCAACCGCCCCUUCUCCUUCAACUGUGAACAAGCCAUGUCAUCCUGUGUGCGACUCCUCCACCGUAUCGUGGACGACUUCUCCGGUCGCCCCUUCAGCAAAGCAUUUUUCCACCGCGUCUACGAGCAACUCGACGUUCCCGAUUCUCAACUGACGGCCGUCGCGGCCGCCUACAAAAAUGUGCAUAACAAAGAUGCCAUCAUCCUCCCCGGCCAGCCUCAAGUCAAAGUGAAGGCUGAGUUCCCAGAGACCAAAAAGGUGGAGCCACUUCCUACUCGCGUCAAGACCGAGCGGCCCCGUGAGAUUAUCAAGAAGUCUUCUUCUCAUACCAUGCGUGGUAUGAAACAGCCUUUGCCUUCCAAGCGGACUUCAAGGCGUGGACCGAAGACGCCUCUGUCUGCUUCAGACGUCACGCCUAUCACUCGGACUGAGUGGAAUUUCCUCGUUAGCAAGGACAUUCGUAUCCAGCCCACGAUCACGAAGUGGACUCCCUCGGCUACCGUCCUGGCUGGUGCGUGA